CUGUUGGCUUCAGUUCUUCAUGAAGACUCCGCCUCCAGGUCUGUCUUGGGCGCCCUCUCUUCCACUUUCCCAGGGGGUUCAGCUAAAGCGCUUGGCGUGUCACAUUUGGAGAAAGUUUGCAACAUGAUGAGCUUUGGUUGGAAGCGAAAAAUUGGGUCAAACGUCAGCAAAGUAAAAACUGCAACUUUUUCUGCUGAAACAAAAGAUGAGGAGAGUCCAGAUGUUGACUGGCUAACCUCCGCACCAAAAAGAAAAUUUGUUUCCCUGGAAGAUGCCAGCUCCAAGAGUCAGCGGCUCCAAGCUGAGGGUGCUGUCUUGGCUGAAGCAGAAAGAUAUUGGGAAGCUCUUAAGAAAUGGGAUGAAGCAGCUCAGCUGACACCAGGCAAUGAAAAAAUUCUUGAAAUGAAAGCCCAGGCGUUGAUGGCAGUCGGCGAGGUUUUCCCUGCGCUGCAGAUGGCAGAAAAAACUGUGGACAUGGCACCCCUGUGGUGGGUGGGGCACCAGACACUGGGCAGAGCUUUGGCCAAUACCGGAGAAGUCAGGCUGGCACUAAAAAGUUUCUCCCGUGCCGUCCACCUGUACCCAGGGGACCAGGAGCUGUGGGAGGAGGACCUGCUAUGGACGAGGUCACUGCUAGAGAGGAGGAAGCUGGUCUGUGAGGCUGAGCCUCCUACAAGCAGCAGUGUCACAAUCACAGAACUCUCAGAACAUGGCACUGAGGUCAGCCCCACUGAGAGGUCAGUGCUUCCAUACAGCCACACUGACCAGUCACAGCAACAACAGCACAUUCAGCACUUGCCCAGAAACUAUGUCCAGAUGAGGGAUCCAACAUGACCGCAACACUUGCCUACCUGACCAUCAACACU